AUGCAAAGAAAGAACCCAGCAGUAGAAGAGUAUUGGAAGGGCAUUUUAGACUAUGUAACAUCAGCAUCAGUAUACAAAGACAACGCGCUCCCUUUGGCCAGGAUAAAGCGGCUGAUGAAGGUGGAGCAGGAGGUGAGCAAGGUGGCGAGCGAAGUCCCGCUCUUGUUUUCUCGUCUGUCGGAGAUAUUCAUAGAGGAGCUGACUCUGCGGGCGUGGCAGUACACGGAGAAGGGCAAAAGAAGGAUUCUGCAAAGAGGGGACAUUUGCUCGGCUGCAAAGUCUUCUGACAUAUUCGACUUCUUGGUGUACCUCAUGCCACGAGGGGGCGGAAUUGUAGAGCUAAACAUAAAUGCACAGCCCAAGUAUAAGUACUAA